AUGACCCAUUCGGCUGAAGACAUUGUCCACCAUGUCGACAAUGAUGCUAGCGAUAGUCCGUUUGGAUUCGGACCAUAUUCAUACGGCCUUCCCAUGAAUAUGCUCACAAGACAACCCCCAACGUCAAUUGGAGGUUUUCAAUCGCCAACCUCCCAGGAGUUUCUCGACUUUCGACCAAUGCUAUACCGCCCGGAUAAACUGUUAGAAACGUAUGAGAAGGUGUCAUGUACGUUGUUUACGCUGCACCGCAAGAGGACGAUUCUCGGGGAAUCUGCCGCAUGCGUCUAUACAAUUGACGGCCUUUUCCAAUGUGUUUCCACGCUGUGUGACCUAUUGGAAACAACCGUCCCUGCUGCGAAUGCUCUAAUCGAUAGAGCUGUCUACAUCACAAACAACGGGAUCUUUAAGCUAGGUCUUAUGGGGAUAUCGAUUGCCUUGGAAAUAUACGAAAACCUGCUGCACAACUACCAAAGAGUCAGCUGUCCAGAGGAUUUCAGUGGUGAAAAGAAAUCUCACGAUAUAGUUCAACUCAGCAUCGCGUCCGAUACUAUGGAACUCGCAAACAUUAUUUUGCGAUGCACGUUUAUGGACAUCCACUUGAGGCGGUUGCGAACCACUCUUGAAGCUGCCAACCUGGAGUUGAACCUUGACCCGAGCUUAUCUGCCCAGAUUGAGGAGACAAAGGCCAUGUUGGAUGCAUUUCUAUGUACACUCCAAAAGCAUGUUAUAUAUCCGUGA